UUUAUAUAAGAGUGAAUGAUGAAAGCUAAACAAGACUUCACUGCCUAACCACAGUUUUCUAUACCUCACACUCAACAAAAAUGGAGUCCUUUCAUAGCUCAAAGCCUCACAUCGUAUGCGUACCGUACCCAGCGCAGGGCCAUGUAAAUCCCCUCAUGAAAUUCGCGAAACUCCUUCAUUGCAAGGGUUUCCACGUAACCUUUGUGAACACUGAGUUCAACCACAAUCGUUUUGUGAGAUCCCAUGGAGCAGACUUUGUUAAGGGCCUCCAAGAUUUCGUAUUUGAGACCAUACCAGAUGGAUUGCCUCCUUCUGAUAAGGAUGCAACUCAGGACAUUCCAUUGCUCUGUGAUUCAACCAGAAAAAACUGUUAUAGCCCUUUCAAAGAGUUGGUGUUGAAGCUUAACUCUUCUGGUGAUGUGCCUUCAAUCACUUGCAUAGUUGCUGAUGGGGUUAUGGGCUUUGCUGCAACGGUUGCAAAGGAUCUGGGCAUACCAGAAGUUCAACUUUGGACAGCCUCAGCAUGCGGUUUUGUGGGAUAUUUGCAAUAUGAUGAUCUGGUUGACAGAGGCAUCGUUCCAUUCAAAGAUGAAAAUUUUGAGAUUGAUGGGAGCUUGAAUCAAAGUUUAGAUUGGAUCUCUGGAAUGAAAAACAUUAGACUGAAGGACAUUCCAUCUUUUAUUCGAGUCACAACUUUGGAUGAUAUUAUGUUUGAUUUCUUGGGUUCUGAGGCAAAAAAUUGCUGGAGAUCUUCUUCAAUCAUUAUAAACACAUUCGAAGACUUAGAUGGAGAAGCCCUCGAUGCCCUUAGGGCAAAGAACCCAAACAUAUAUACCAUUGGUCCACUUGACUUGCUUGGUAGGCAUUUUCCUGAGAAAGACAAGGGUUUCAUGUCAGGUGGAUCAAGCUUAUGGAAGAAUGACUCAAACUGCUUAACUUGGUUAGACCAAUGGGAACCCAACUCAGUGGUAUAUGUUAAUUAUGGAAGUAUUACAGUAAUGACCAAUCAUCACUUGAAAGAAUUUGCUUGGGGAUUAGCAAAUAGCAACCUACCUUUCUUAUGGAUCAAAAGAGCAGAUGUAGUACUGGAUGAAUCUGCAGCUUUGCCACAAGAAUUCUUUGAUGAGAUCAAGGAUAGGGGAUAUAUAACAAGUUGGUGCAUGCAAGAGGAAGUGCUUUCUCAUCCAUCUGUUGGGGUUUUUCUAACCCAUUCUGGAUGGAAUUCUACCCUUGAAAGCAUUUCUGCUGGUGUGCCUAUGAUCUGUUGGCCUUUCUUUGCUGAGCAACAAACAAAUUCUAGGUACGUGAGCGCAAAUUGGGGAAUAGGAAUGGAUGUUAAUCACGAUGUGAAGAGAGAAGAGAUAACCAAGCUUGUGACAGAAAUGAUGAAAGGAGAAAAAGGAAUGCAAAUGAGACGGAAAUCCUUAGAAUGGAAGAAGAAAGCAGUGAGAGCUACUGAUGUUGGAGGAUCAUCAUACAACAACUUCUACAAAUUAACGAAGGAAGUUUUUCACCAUGCUAUUUAAGUCCUCUUUUUAUGAUCAAGUGUAGUAGGAUAACGGUCUUUUUCUUCAAUUAAGACUAUGUAUGAACUUGUAAUGGAGAAGAUGGAUAAGUGAACUAGUUAAAUUUUAUUUUAUUGCAAGGUAUGUGAUGACAUUAGUUUACUUAAA